AUGAGGGGGACGGGGAGCCAGUACCUCAUAGGCCCAUGUGACCAGGGCUCUCGGACCAAUGGAGAGCCACAACACCGGCGGAGAGGCCCGGGGGCCGGUUCAGAGGCGGCCGGACGGGACUCGGACCCGCGGGUUGUGAGAGGCCGAGUGAAUCUUCUGGAACAGAACACCAGCUCAGUUGACCAGUCAGACGGCUACCUGAGAGACAGUUGCAGGAUCACAGAGCUAGAGAGGUCAGAGACGGCUCUGCUGCAGCAGCUCAGCCAGCUAGCCACUGGCGCCACGCCGCACCGCCGUCCCAGCAUGCAUCACACCCAGCGGCUGGACCAGAGGCUCCACAGCCUCAGGGACGAGGUCCGCAUCGUGUCCCAUGAGAAGGAGCGAGGGGAGCGCGUGUGGCGGGAGCGUCUGCUGCGCUGCCAGAACCAGCUGAAGGCCAAGGAGGAGGAGAUGGGCCGCCAGUCCCAGUACUUCCACCACUUCAAGACCCAGCUGCAGCACAAGCUGGGCCAGGCCCGGGACCGCGAGCAGGGCCUGCAGAACCGCCUCCACGCCCUGGAGAAGCAGCUGCUGGACGUCACCGUGUCGGCCGCCACCACCAUGACCGCCGUCAUGACGACCAAGAUGGCCGCGCCCUGCGUUGCCGUGGCGACCGGGCCGGGGGAGGACAGGGUGCCCUGCCUGCGGGAGGAGGGGGAAGGGGAGGAGGGAGGCGAGAGGAAGAAGAAGGAGGAGGAGAAGGAGGAGGAGGAGGAGGAGGAGGAGAAAGGGAGGACAAGAUGGCCGACGAGGCCUGGACGCCGGCUGGUGGCCGGCGAUAGCGGGAGCGCGGAAGAUGCGGAUCUGGAGAAAGGGGGAGGAGCCGAGGAGGAGAGGGGCAUGGGCGUGGCCAAGCUGCGGAGCUUCAUCCUGGGCCUGCAGGAGGACCUGCGGGCCCUGCUGGAGCGGGAGGAGCAGGGCCAGGCCGAGAGGAGGGGGCUGUCGGAGCAGCUGCAGGAGGCGCAGGAGGGCGGGCACCUCCUGGGCUGCCGGCUGGAGGAGAAGGGGGCGGAGGUGCGGCGGCUGCAGCAGUCGGAGAGCGUCCUGCUGGAGGAGGUGGAGGAGCUGAGGGAGGAGAACGGCCGCCUCAGGCAGGAGCUCAGGGGGGCCCUCGGCAGCCAGACCCCCGCUCCGCCGGCCCCCGGGGCUGGGUGUGCGUGCUGGGCCGCGGGGGUUCCCCCAGGCUCCCCGGGACCCGGCUACGGCCCCACCCCUGUCGGGGUGUCCCCCCCGGGCCUCCCCCACAGCCCUGGAGCAGACGAGAGAGCCACGUGCCCCCCGGGAGACUCUGCAGUGCUCCGAUCCGAUAAGCUACUCGCCCCACCAAAAGCCACCACCACCACUCCUCACCUCCCCCAGGGGGCAGCAGAGAGCACCCUGAACCCCAGACACCACUGCCCUGCCUCUGCUGAUCCAGACACCACACGGUUACCCCAGCCUGACCUCCUGAACCUCUCAGCCAGGCUCCAGCCCCGCGCCCAUCCCGGCCUCGGGGGGCACGGCCUGGCUGAGGACCCCGCGGAGCUGGGCCAGUUAGACCUGGAGGAGUGGGGCUCCGGUGGAGCCCUGCACCUGGAGCUCAGCCCCAGCCAGGAGGCCGACGCCCUGAUGGAGGCCUACCGGAGCCUUUGCCCCGGAGCGGAUAAGAGCCACCACCAGGAGCAGCAGAACGUCCAGGGACCCAAGCCCCAGCUGAGGUCCCCGGCCGACCUGCCAGGUGGAGCGCCAGUAGGGUGGAGGUCUUCACCAGGAAAGAAGGAGAGGGCACCAACAAGGGACCCGUCUUCUGACCACGCCCGCGUCGACCAUGCCCCGCCCCCACCCGGUCAGGACCACGCCCCUCCCGCCCCGCCGGCGGACCACCUCGUCCGCGCCCUGAACCAGGAGAACCGGGCCCUGGCCGAGCGCAUCCAGGAGCUGCUGGCCCGCGUGGAGCUCCGGGAGGAGGAGCACGCCAAGGAGGCGGGCCUCCUGGCGGAGGGGGCGGCGGCGGCGCUGGCGGCGGAGGUGGGCCGGCGGGAGCGGGAGCAGCAGGAGCAGGGCGGUCUGAUCGCCGAGCUCACCAGGAAGACGGAGGACGACCUCAACGCCAUCAUGGACCUGCGGCAGAGGCUGGCCGUCGCCAAGGAGGAGGAGAGCGCUCGCCGCCGGGCCGCCGAGAGCGAGGCGCCCGGAGGUCGCCGUGACGACGGGAGCGCCCGCGGCGUCGCGGCGGGGCUCGCCCGCAGGUUGGGCGAACGUCCGUCGCAGGUCGAUGAACAGACGCAGACCAGUCUAGAGCAGGACCUUCCCACGACGGACUCUUCCACAGAUCCAUUCCCUGGAGAUCACUGCGUGGAUCAGGGCGUGGCCACUCGCCUACAGGUGGAUGCUCUGGGCGUGGCCGCUCGCCUCCGGGUGGAUGCUCUGGCCGAGGCGGUGCGGGCGCUCAGCGAGGAGAAGGAGGAGCUGUCUCGCUGCGUGGGCCCUCUGAGGGAGGAGCAGAGGGAGGUGGCCCUGGCGGUGCAGACCCGGACGGAGGAGAAGCAGAGGCUGACGCGGACGCUGUGGGGGAUGAAGGAGGAGCGCGACGGCGUGGCCGCCGCCCUGAGCGCGCUGAGGCAGGAGCGGGAGCAGCUGAGCAGGAGCGUGUGCGGGCUGAGGGAGGAGAGGGAGCAGCUGGGGAGGUCCCUGGAGGAGCUGAGGGAGGAGAGGGGACGGCUGGGCGAGGAGUUAUCGGAGCUGAGGAACCAGACGGAAACUUCAACGUCAGAGCGAACCUCGGGGGGAGGAGGGGAGGGAGUUCAGGGAGACCAGGAGGACAGGGUGGAGUUAACCACUCUAACCAACCACUCGUCGUCCACAUUCAGCUUGAAUGUGGACGACGGUGGACUCACAGGUUCCUCUGGGGGCUUGAUAGAGCAGCGAGAGACAGAAAGGGCAUAUGAUGUCUCAAAGGAAGAAAGAGAUGAGUUGUUGCAGUCGGUUUGCAGCUUGACAGACGAGAGACGCAGAGUUGAACAGUCGAUAGCUGAUUUGAAGACAGAAGAGGAGCGGCUGAGGCUUUCAGUCUGGAGUCUUAUAGAGGAACGAGAUGUCCUACAGGCUGAAGGUGCUGCUCUCCAGGACCAAUCACAGCCUGAUGGGAGGGGUCAGGAUCAACAUCCAGUUAAUCAAAUCCAAGGAGAAGUGGCAAAGAAGACAGAGAAAGAAAACUUGAAAUUUGUUGAUAAUCAAGAGAAGUUUUCCCAGGGGGGUUUGGACCCAAAUUCUCAUCAAAACGAUCUAAUGAGACAGACUGAAGCAUUGGCCGCUGCCCUAAAAACAACAAAAGAGGAGCUGAUCAAGGCCCAAUCAGAGACCCAGAGGUUGGGCAGAGAGCAGUCUGGAUCAGAGGCCAGGCUGGGGGAGUUGGAGAAGGCCUCAGCUCAAGCUGACAGGGAGAAGAAAAGACUGACCGAUUCACUGGAAGAAACCAGGCAGGAAACUGAGCUGCUCACAACACGGGUGAAAGAUCUGCAGAGCAGGCUAGCAGGCCUGGCCAGAGAGAAGGACGAAGCCCUGACCCAGAAGACUCACACAGAGGAACAGUUCAGCAUCCUCCAGGCCCAGCUCCGAGCCAAGACGCUGGCUCUGGACGGGCUGAACUCUGAGUACACCGCCCUGAGGAGAGAGCAGCAGGGGGACCCCAGCCCAGCCUCGGGGUCCCUGCGGUCCCGCUACAACGACAUCCGAGCCAAGUACGAUGUACUCCUGAGGAAGAAAAGCCUCCACGAUAUGGAUCUAGCUCCUCUAAAGGCCAAGCUGUCGUGUCUGGUGCUGAAGUGUCAGGAGAGGAACAGCCUAUUGGUCCACAUGAUGAGAGCCAUGCGGAGGCAGGGCUACGUGGACCCCGCCCUCACCCAGCAGGCCGAUGACCUGCUGAGCGACCCCGCCCUCCAGGACUACACCGCCGCGUUCCCCCCCGCAGCCCCGUACCCGGACCUCGGUCACCACCACCACCACCACCUCCAACCCCACCAGCACACCCCCAGGGCCACCAGUGGGUUCGCCUCGCGGCUCCGGGACUACAGCGCUGCCUCCUCCCCAGCUCCCCCCUCCCCUGAUCCGGCCUUCUCCUCCUCCACAUCUCCCACUGAGCUCCAACCUCCAGGGAACCAAAGCACAUCCCCCGUCCUGUCGGGACCCGUUCUGAUGCACAACGACCGCGGCACCGAUGCUGGAGGCCGCCGGGGAACCCCGGCAGAACCCGCCCGUGACGUUCAGAGCGCUGCAGGUUCGGCGCCGACCAGGAACCCAAAGUCCCCGGGGCCAUGUUGUGCCGUGCGCGAGCACACCAAAGCCAGGCCUCCAGCAUCCCCUGGAGCCCAGAGCCAUGAGGGGGAGGGCCCACGCUGUUCACCUGCGGCAAGCAGCAAACCUCAGUCUCCUGCCGUUCCCAGUGGCACGAGCCAAGCAGACGCCUCCCUAGACCGACCAGGAUCGAACCACGAAGAUGAGAUCCUGGGGGGAAAGCCCGCUUCAGGUCCGGCUCCUGUCCCCAGGGCAACACGCUCGCGGUGGGCUCCACCCCCCUCAGAGAGACGGAGUGGUGGGGUGAACCGGCGGCUGAGCAGUCCUGAGAAAAUCCUCAACCUGCAGCUGGAGCUGCAGCAAACCCUGUCCGGCAUUUAUAAGGCUCCGGCGGACCACGGAGGGUGGGCGGCGAGAGGGCGUCGCCCGCAGCCCAGGAGGAGCGCCUCCACCACCGCUACGCCCGAACACCACCCGGCCUCCCUCCCCAGGACCCACAGCAUGGCCCUCCACACCCAGCCUCCUCCUCCACCUCCUCCUCCUCCUCCUCCUCCUCCUCUCCUGAACGUCAGCCCCGACCCCGUCCAAACUAAACCGCUCCCCAUGGCGACAACCGCGACAGCCGCCGCGUCUGCAGUAGCCCACCUGUCAAACACACUCUCUGCCGCCGUGUUCUCCAGGUCGGCUAACAUGGCGCCCGCUUUCGCUCCCAGUCCUUCCAACAUGGCGCCCGCUUUCCCUCGCAGUCCUUCCAGCAUGGCAUUUGGUACCACAACGGCAGGUCGUUCCGGUUCUUUCCCUCUGUCCUCAACGGACGAUAAAGCCAACCUAAGAAGCAGUGUACAAAACACACCAGAAUCGCCAAGAGGGCCAAGGCACGCAACCAGCCCGGCAUCGGCCAACGCCACAAGCUCCGCCCCCAGCCCCGCCCCUACCUGUCGGACCGACCCGCCCAAUAAAACCCUCCGUAAGACCGCCACUGUCGGCGCCUCGGCUCCGGCCUCCAGGGUCCAGCCUUUCACCGGCAACGCUCCGAGCGCCACCGCCUCGGACGGCAACAACAACAACAACAACACUGCCCCCAGCGUGCCUCGGACCGGGACGCAGCCUCCCGCCACCCCCUCCGCCAGCGGUGCUUCAGACGGUGCCGGAGAUGACCGCCGUGCCUCCACCACCAUCUUCUCCACCAACACCACCACCACCACCACCUCCACCACCAGGGUCAGGGCCGAUUCGGCCUGCAGCUUUCCCCCAGGGAGGUCCCAGCCCCGGCCAUCGGUCGGGCUGCCUGCUCCCACGCUGACCGGGAAACUCGGAAGACCGAAGCCAGAAGCCCCGGGAGAGGUGGGCACCGUGGAGGUCAUCCGGACGGUGGGCGGGAGCAGCCUCCUGAUUGGUUGGGAGAGGCCGCCACUCGACGAGCUGGGCUGCAGCAACAGCACCUUUGUCUACGGCUACAGGGUGUACGUCGAUGGAGAGUUCCACAAGUCCGUCAUGAGCUCAGCGUGCACCAAGGUCAUCCUGGAGAACGUGGACCUGAGUCUCCCGGUCCACAUCGGGGUCCAGACCCUGGGCUCCAACGGGCUGAGCUCGGGCAGGGUGACCACCGUGUUCCGGACGUCCCUCAGCCCGGGCCCCGGCUCCCCCGGGGCAGCGGGUCCCGGUCUCCCCACCGCUGAGGCGUUAGAGUUGAGGGAAACCGUGGGGCUUUGAGUCCGACGUUGGGGCGUCCGUGAGGGGUGGUUCCCGGGGUGCUGAGAGUGUGUCUGUGUGUUCGAGGUCAACGACAGGAGAGGGCUGGCACCUACCGUCUGUUUGGAAGAACUCCCAGGACCCCCUUUCCCUUCCCGUACAGACCUGCUCUCCUGAUUGGAUGGGAGUACAUUGGGGCUGCCAAUGACGCUGAUUACCGGGUGGUGAUUGGACAGACGAGCUGCUUAUCAAACUGUACAAAUCAAUCAACUCAAGGCCGGGACUUGUUUCCAAGCCAAUCUCUGGUUGCACCAGUAGAAGCUUUCUGCGUCAAAAAACUUUGGAGAUAAAAGUCAAACAUUUUUCACUGUGCUUUUGCAAAUUUCUACACUGUGUAAAAAAAGAAAAGGAUUAAUAAUUCCAAAUCAUAUUUUACAUUCCUUUAUCAGACCUCCAACAGUUGCCUCUGUGUCCAAAACAAAAGAAUGUUUCUAAGGGAAAUGUUUUCAUGGCAGCAAGCCAUUGGUGAUGUUCUUGCGUUCAAGCCUCAUUGUCCACGGCGGACAUCUUUACUUGGUGUUCAGACACCAGGGCCAAAUAUGACAACUGAAGAGUCAGUCCAAAGACUUUUGGUAUGUUUUCCCACUUGGUUGUACGGUAAAGCUUUGUUUCUAAUUGUUUUAAAAUUUGCACACAAAAUAUAUUGAUGUCCAAGGUAACUGAUGAAAGAAGAGGAGAUUAACACUGAUAUUUUUAUUGGUAGGAAAUGUUAUUUAAAAAUGUAACAUGCCAACUGUGUCCAGAAAACCAUGAAGGAUCUGUGUCUUUCUAAAUUGUUUUUGUAUUUUUCCGUCACACUGGCCUAGCUAAUGAAUUCGGACAGUUUGGUAAAAGGAUCCACGCUCCACUCAUGGGUUGUCAAGUGGUUUUAUCAGUAUGAGAGAGAGAGAGAGAGAGAGAGAGAGAGAGAGAGAGAGAGAGAGAGAGAGAGAGAGAGAGAGAGAGAGAGAGAGAGAGAGAGAGAGAGAGAGAGAGAGAGAGAGAGAGAGAGAGAGAGAGAGAGAGAGAGAGAGAGAGAGAGAGAGAGAGAGAUUGCUUUAUUGAAGAUGUGUGUGUUCUCUCUCUAUUCAUUUAUUAUCUGAAGCUCAGUACAAGUGAACCCCACAUGCACAUCUACGAAAACAACUUCUACCUUUGCCGCAUGUUGACUAAAUGGAUUGAGUUAGUUAACUCUGAGAAAAGGAAACUGGGUCUUUUAUCUGAUGAAACCAUGUUCACAACUCUACGUUCUCCUAGAAGGAAUGUGUUUCAGCAAAGGUAUUUUUCUAUCUGUGAAUGAAAGGAACUUGUUCUCACUCCAUUGUGGCUUCUUUGAACUCUACAAAGAAUAAAUGUUUAUAUUCA